UCUGUUCACCUCAACAUGAUGCAAAUCGGUAGAUUGGUGGCAUCGGACCUCGCCUCCGCAAAGUGGAGAAACCCUGCGGAGUUACUGCUCCGCGACCAAAUUUUGAAUUUCUCUAGUCAUGUUCACUAUGUGAAGAUAUAUCCCCGACGGAUCUAGGGUUUCAUAAGAUUCACGUUUGAACUGGCGGAGGCCGUUUUGGGAGUGGUGCCGUCGUCGUUUUCCGUUUCGCUAUGGCCAGGAUCUUAUGACUGUGUUGCUGGCGAGGUCUUGUAAAUGUAUUGCUGCUGGGGGGUUAGUGAGUUGUGGAGCAGGUAGGCGGGAGGGUUCCACGUGACUACAUUGGAUAUGGAUGUACUGAUUAAGACUGCUUGAAAGAGUUGGCGCCGGGAAGCUCUGCGUCGUUCUCUCAUCAGCAUUGUCUUCAUGAUUUGAGGACAAGUCCGUUUGGCGACCAGAAUUUCAGCCAUGAUCAUGGGCGGACUUGAAAGGAAUGAGUUGACAUUGCUGUGCGAAUGGUAGCAUGGGCUUUUUGAAUUGUGCAUUGUCACCCAACUCGAAAGCCAGCGUCAUGACAAAAGCGAAGUCGUUCUUUGUUUUCUGGCGAUUCUCAAAUUGCGGUGGUAAGUAACAGAAAGUAGCGGGGGCUGUCUGUUGAACUUUGACGGCUCCUCUCUCAGCGUGGUAGGUCUGCAAUACCAAGAUGGAAAACCCGGAUAUGGCUUAUCCAGUGUACAACAUCUUGCCGGUGGAUGAUCCAUCAGCUGACCAUGCGGGGAUGUCAUUUCCUGAGGUAAAAGCAGCAAUUACGGCUUUGAAAAAGGUUGACGAUUUGCCUAUGCCACCAGAUGUAGCCUGGACACCUGAUAUGGACAUGCUGAGUUGGCUUGGUAGUUUCUUUGGUUUCCAGGCAGAUAAUGUGAAGAAUCAGCGGGAGCAUCUUGUCCUGCUUCUUUCGAAUGGAAUGAUGCAGUUGUAUCAUGCUGGGCCAACCUUUGAAACACUGGAAGCUAGUAUUGUUAGAAAGACCCGAAAGAAGGUGACGGAGAAUUAUGUUAGUUGGUGCAAAUUUAUCGGACGCAAACACCACUUGAAGUUGCCAGAUGGAAAGCAUACUGAACAUUUUGACGAAAGACGGGAGUUGAUCUAUAUAUGUUUGUACCUUCUAAUUUGGGGAGAAGCAGCCAACUUGAGAUUCAUGCCCGAGUGUUUGUGUUUCAUCUAUCACCACAUGCUCGGCGAACUGAAUAGGUUACUAGAAUUUUCUGGAGCAGAUGACGUGCUUGCUGUGAUGCCUACCUACACGGGAGUUAAUGGUUUUCUUAAUCAUGUUGUUGUUCCUCUCUAUACUAUUUUGAAAUUGGAGGCGGAUUCUAAUAAUAAUGGGACAGCCCCUCACUCUUCAUGGCGAAACUAUGACGAUCUUAAUGAAUAUUUUUGGACUUCACGUUGUUUCAAACAGCUUCAAUGGCCUCUGCAAACUAAGAGUAGUUAUCUUGUUGAGCCUAGGCGAGAGAAAGGUUACCUUAGCCGUGGGAGGAAACCGCAAAGUGAAAAGGUGGGGAAAACUGGAUUCGUUGAACAGCGGUCAUUCUGGUAUAUCUUUCGGAGCUUCGAUAAGUUGUGGAUAGGUUAUCUUCUUAUGCUGCAGGCUUCUGUUGUGUUGCUGUGGCACAACGGUGGGGCUCCAUGGAUUGAAUUGCAAAAGCCAGAUCCUUUCGCACGUUUCAUGAGUAUAUUUAUCAGUUGGGCUCUUCUACGCUUUUUACAAGGAUUGUUGGAUGUGGGGAGUCAAUAUAGCCUGGUUUCAAAAGAUACAAAACUUAUUGGUGUUCGCAUGGUUCUCAAGCUUCUGGUAGCAGCUACAUGGGCCAUCCUUUUCAUCAUCUAUUACAGAAGGAUGUGGUGGCAGCGGAACAUCGAUCAGUACUGGACUGAAAUUGCAAACCAAAAGUUGUAUGAGUUCUUGUACAUUGCUGCAGCCUUUAUUGUACCGGAGGUCCUAGCUAUUUUACUAUUUAUUGUACCAUGGGUGCGUAAUUUCGUUGAGACCUCAACUUGGAAAGUAUUUCAUCUCAUGACUUGGUGGUUUCAGUCACGUGGUUAUGUUGGUCGAGGUCUUCGUGAAGGUAUCAUGGACAACGUGAGGUAUACCCUAUUUUGGGCAUGCGUCCUUACAUCCAAAUUCGCUUUCAGCUAUUGGCUCCAGAUUAGACCUUUAAUUGCACCAACAAAACAGAUCCUUGAAGCCACCGACGUCAGAUACAAGUGGCACGAGUUUUUUCCAGAUGGUAAUCGAGCGGCUGUAGUUGCGCUGUGGGCUCCUGUUCUUAUGAUCUAUUUCAUGGAUACUCAAAUAUGGUAUUCAAUCUGGUCCUCUGGGAUUGGAGCUUUUGUUGGUCUCCUUCAACACCUUGGGGAGAUUCGGAACGUGGAGCAGCUCCAACUAAGAUUUCAGAUCUUUCCAAGUGCAUUUCAAUUCAGUUUAAUGCCAGUAGACGACUCUGUAACGAGGACUGUGUGGGCAGGUGCAAAAGACUUGCUUAAGCGGCUUAGCUUGAGAUAUGGGUGGUCAUCCGUUUAUGACAAGAUGGAAUGGGGUCAAAUUGAAGGUGGACGUUUUGCCCAUGUUUGGAACGAGAUUAUUAAAACCUUUCGCGAAGAGGAUCUCAUAAGUGACAGAGAGGUGGAGCUUAUGGAAAUUCCUCAAGGAGCAUGGAGGGUCUCCGUUUUUCAAUGGCCUUCAACCUUGUUGGCUAACCAAAUUCUGCUUGCCCUAUACAGUAUUCGUUACCAUCGAGGAGACGAUAAAUCUGUUUGGAACAUAAUAUGUAAAAAUGAGUAUAGGAAGUGUGCAGUGGUCGAAAGCUAUGAGAGCAUGAAGCAUGUCAUCAGAAAGAUUCUCAAGGAUGAUUCUGAUGAGUUCCAUAUUUUUAUAGCUAUUUUUGAAGAAAUAGAUUUCGCGAUAAGGAAGGAUAGGUUCACCGAAACUUUCAAGCUUCCAGAGCUGAUGGAAAUUCAUGCCCGAGUUGUUGAAUUGAUUAGUUUUCUUUUGACUCGUCCCGCUGAAAAGCACAAACAGAAGGUAGUGAAAGACCUUCAGAACUUGUACGAAGGUCUGCUACACGACUUUCCACUACAGCCACACAUCUUUCUGGAAAGUAUCAAGGCACGCGCUUCAUAUCCCCAAAAUAACAAAGGGACUGAGCUGUUCAUGGACGCUGUGGAACUCCCAGAUAAAGGUGACGAGCACUUCUUUAAGAAUUUAAAGAGGCUGCAUACCACUCUAAGCACCAGGGACCCUUUACUGUAUGUUCCGAAGGGACUAGAAGCAAGACGACGAAUCUCUUUUUUCAGUAACUCGUUGUUCAUGACCAUGCCGCGUGCACCACAGGUUGAAAGAAUGCUGGCUUUCAGUGUUUUGACACCUUACUACAAUGAGGAAGUUAUUUUCAGUAAGCAUCAGUUGAAAGAGGAAAACGAGGAUGGCGUGACCAUUCUGUUCUACCUUCAACGGAUCUUUCCAGAGGACUGGUUAAAUUUCCUGGAACGGAUGAAGAAGCUCGAACUUAAUGAGAGUGAGUUAUGGGAAAAGGAUGACGCUCUUGAACUUAGACUUUGGGCUUCUUUUAGAGGACAGACACUUGCGCGAACUGUACGAGGAAUGAUGUAUUAUAAAAGGGCAUUAGAAGUGCAGACCUUUCUGGACUCAGCAACUGAAGAUGAGCUACUUGGCAUAAAGGAACUUCUAGAACGAGGCUCUAGCACAAACAGCAGAGGUUCUAUGCGCUCCAUAGGUUCUAUGGGUUCUAUUGGUUCUGAGCUUGAAGUUGCAGAGUUAAAUCGACAACGCAAGUUAGAACAGGAUCUUGCAAAUGCUGCAAUGAAGUUUACAUACGUGGUAACCUGUCAAAUAUACGGGGCUCAAAAGAAGGCCAAUGAUGUUCGUGCAGCAGAUAUACUGCGAUUAAUGAAGACUCAUACAGGACUACGGAUUGCCUAUGUGGAUGAAAGAUCUGAAUCAUAUUUUGAUGAAAAUAUUGGAGAGUACGUAACGCGUCAACUAUAUUAUUCUGUUUUAGUGAAAUAUGAUCCAGAUUUGAAACAGGAAGUCGAGAUUUAUCGAAUUCGAUUACCUGGUCCUCUGAAGCUUGGAGAAGGGAAGCCAGAAAAUCAGAAUCAUGCCCUUAUAUUUACAAGAGGUGAUGCUGUUCAAACUAUAGACAUGAAUCAGGAAAUGUACUUCGAGGAGGCAAUAAAGAUGAGAAAUCUGCUCCAAGAAUUUACAGUGUAUCAUGGAACCCGAAAACCCACAAUCUUGGGUGUGCGAGAGCAUGUCUUCACUGGUUCAGUGUCAUCACUGGCCUGGUUCAUGUCCGCUCAAGAGACAGUGUUUGUCACCCUCAGCCAGCGUGUCCUCGCCAAUCCUUUGAAGAUUCGAAUGCAUUAUGGUCAUCCUGAUGUAUUUGAUCGUUUGUGGUUUCUGACUCGCGGCGGGAUAAGCAAAGCAUCCCGGACUAUUAAUAUUAGUGAAGAUAUUUUUGCAGGAUUUAAUUGUACAUUAAGAGGUGGUAAUGUAACUCACCAUGAGUACAUUCAGGCUGGCAAGGGAAGGGAUGUUGGGCUCAACCAAAUCGCUAUGUUUGAGGCAAAGGUGGCCAGUGGGAAUGGUGAACAGAUUCUAAGUCGUGAUGUGUAUCGCCUUGGUCACCAUUUAGAUUUCUUUCGCAUGCUCUCUUUCUAUUAUACCACGGUGGGCUUCUUUGUGAGCAACAUGAUGGUUGUACUCACUGUCUACACCUUUCUCUGGGGCCGUGUCUACUUGGCUUUAAGCGGCAUAGAGGAAUCCUUAACAUCUGGUUCACCAGCCCUUGAAAAUUCUGCUCUCACAGCGACUUUGAACCAGCAGCUUGUGGUACAGUUGGGGUUGCUGACUGCUCUACCCAUGGUUGUGGAGGAUGCAUUAGAGCACGGUUUCACUACGGCUUUGUGGAAUAUGAUAACCAUGCAGCUUCAACUUGCUUCCAUCUUUUUCACCUUUUCAAUGGGCACUCGUUGUCACUACUUCGGUCGGACGCUUCUUCACGGUGGUGCUAAGUAUCGAGCAACUGGUCGUGGCUUUGUAGUUAAGCAUGAAAAGUUUGCUGAAAACUAUCGACUUUACUCCAGAAGCCAUUUUGUUAAAGGAAUAGAGCUUCUCUUGCUGCUUCUGUGUUACUUGGCGUAUGGUGUAUCAAGCUCAUCUGGUACAUACAUUUUGGUCAACAUCUCCAGCUGGUUUUUAGCUCUGACAUGGGUAAUGGGACCUUUUGUGUUUAAUCCGUCUGGAUUUGAUUGGUUGAAAACUGUUGAAGAUUUUGGGGACUUCAUGCAGUGGAUAUGGUUCAAGGGUGAUGUGUUCGUUAAAGUUGAGCAAAGUUGGGAGAUAUGGUGGGAAGAGGAGCAAGCUCAUUUACGAACCACGGGAUUGUGGGGGAAGCUACUAGAGAUCGUACUUGAUUUGCGAUUCUUCAUUUUCCAGUAUGGCAUCGUGUACCAUUUGGGUAUCACAGGGAAUAACACAAGCAUCUUCGUCUACCUUGCAUCAUGGAGCUACAUGCUUUUUGCAGCCCUUCUCCACUUCAUCCUUUCCAAUGCUAAUGAGAAGUUAGCUGCCAACAACCAUGGUCUGUACCGCGCUAUUCAAGCCCUUGCGAUCGCUAUCAUUACUGCCUUAGUUGUCGUACUGUGGGUCGUAACCAACUUCACAUUUGUGGACAUCAUAGCAAGCUUUCUUGCAUUCUUACCGACAGGCUGGGGAAUCAUUCAAAUCUGCCUUGUUUUGAGGAGGCCAUUUUUGGAAAACUCCCCUCUAUGGAGUACCAUUGUGGCCGUUGCGCGUCUAUACGAUCUUGCCAUGGGCAUUAUUGUCAUGGCUCCCGUUGCUGUGCUGUCGUGGUUGCCAGGAUUUCAAGCCAUGCAAACUAGAAUACUUUACAACGAAGCCUUCAGCAGAGGUCUCCAAAUCAGUAGGUUGUUGGCUGGCAAGAGGAACCGCAAUAUUGACUGAUUUUUUACUGACUACUGACUUUUGUUUCCGCGUCUCAGUGUAAAUCUCUCUUAUUAGAUUCAACUCAGGGGUUUACAAUCAUACGGAGCUAUUUUUGCAAAUUUUGAUAUUAGGAUCCUUUUUGUCAAAAGGAAGAAGUCUUACUGUAUUUUGCAAAUGGCCAGGAUAGUCGUAGCAGAACCGAUAUGUUGAAAUAGUCACUUCUAUGAACAGGAGCCCAUUUUGGAAAUCGUUUGCGUGGAGAAGACGGGCUUAUUUUUGAGUUCAUGAGAUCGCUGAUAUUUUACUACGCAAGCUGCUGAGAGGCUUGUAUCAAUGUAUCAGUAUGAAUCCAGUUAUUAAGGGGAUUCCUGUCGACAUGUUUCUUGUGACCGGUCAUGAAGAGUUUGGUGUAAAUGAAUACGAUUCCGUGAAGACUCGAGUGGAAAAUUCAACUUAAAAUUCGCAUUUCCCAUGUU